AGUACUCUUGCAACUUCGUCCAUGGCCUCUAAGGGAGCUUCCGCUUUAGAGGCGAAGAUACUCAAAACAAUGGGCUUACGAUGUGUUCUAGCUUUAGAUUCUUCCUCUUCCUCUUCCUCCUCGUCCAUGGCCUCUAAGGGAGCUUCCUCUUUAGAGGCGAAGAUACUCAAAACAAUGGGCUUACGAGCUUUAGAUUCUUCCUCUUCCUCUUCCUCUUCCUCUUCCUCUUCCUCUUCUGACACUUAUCAAUGGCCUUACGAUGUGUUCUUGAGCUUUAGAGGCAUGGAUACCCGAAAAAAUUUUAUUGCUCAUUUAUAUGCAGCUCUGUAUCAAAAGGGAAUCAACACCUACAUAGAUAAUGACCUCAAAAUAGGAGAAACCAUUUCUCCAGCACUUCUCAAAGCUAUUAGAGAGUCAAGAAUUUCAGUCAUUGUACUCUCUCAAAACUAUACAUCUUCCUCAUGGUGCUUGGAUGAACUUGCAACGAUCCUUGAGUGUAAGGAAAGAAAGGGACAAAUUGUUCUACCGGUGUUUUAUAAGGUAGAUCCAUCAGAAGUACGACAUCAAAGAAAUAAUGUUGGAAAAGCAUUUGCCAAACAUGAAGAAACAUUCAAAGAUGAUCAAAUGAAGGUGCAAAGGUGGAAGACAGCCCUAACACAAGUGGCCAAUUUGGCCGGGUGCGAUUUAGGGAACAGGACUGAGCAUGACUUUAUUCAAGAAAUCAUUGAACGGGUGAAUUCAAUAUUACUGAAAGAGACAUGCUUUCAACUUUCCAAGUAUCCAGUUGGGAUAAAGUCUCGUGUACAAGAUGUGAUGUUGCUUUUAGAUCUAAAGAAGAAAGACAGUACAUGCAUGGUAGGAAUCGUGGGAAUUGGUGGAAUUGGUAAGACAACUCUAGCCAAAGCCAUCUACAACUUGAUUGCUUCUCAGUUUGAAGGCAGAUGUUUUCUUGAAAACGUUAGAGAAACUUCCAAGCAAAAGGGUCUGAACCAUGUACAAAAUGAACUUUUAUCAAAGAUCUUAGGAGGUUCAAGUCAAAUGGUUGACAUUGUUGAUCAAGGAGUUACUUUGAUAGAGAAGAGGCUUCAGCUAAAAAGGAUACUUUUAGUUCUUGAUGAUGUGGAUGAGUUAGUCCAACUAGAAAAGUUAGCUGGAAAAUCUGAUUGGUUUGGCUUAGGAAGUAGAAUCAUUAUAACAACAAGAAAUAAACAUUUACUUCGUGCAUAUGAUGGAGUUGUAUCAAUUUAUCCUGUGAAAGGGUUGUGUCACUAUGAAGCUCUUCGGUUUUUUAGUUGGCAUGCCUUCAAAAGUGACAAACCUAAUGAUGGUUAUGUUGAAGUCACAGAAGAUGCAAUAUGUUAUUGUAGAGGAUUGCCACUAGCUUUAACAGUGCUAGGCUCUACUCUAAAAGAUAGAGACAUAGUUUAUUGGAAGAGUAAAUUGGACGAGUAUAGAAGAAUUCCUAACAGUGAUAUCCAAAAAAUACUUAGAAUAAGUUUUGAUGGAUUGAAUGAAAAUGCGAAGAAUAUUUUCCUUGACAUAGCAUGUUUCUUCAAAGGACAUCGUGUAGAAUAUGUUCGAAGAAUGCUAGACAAUUGUGGUUUCUACUCAGCUUGUGGCAUCGAUGAACUAAAGGAUUUGUAUCUCAUAACUGAGGAUGAUCGGGGAUCCUUCACAAUGCAUGACUUGCUGCAAAAAAUGGGUAGAGAAAUUGUUAGGCAAGAGUCAAUUAAAGAACCUGGCAAACGUAGUAGGUUAUAGUUUCAUGAAGAUGUUCGAUCUGUCCUUGAAGAAAAUAAGGGAACAAACAAAGUUGAAGGCAUAUUGAUAGAUUUGCCUAAAUUAAGCCAGCCGAUACACUUGAGUCCCAAAGUCUUUAAGAAGAUGACAAGCCUCAGACUACUUAUAUGUCGUAAUGCACGUCUUUCUGGAGAGCCUAAUUUUCUCUCUAAUGAGUUAAGACUGAUAGAUUGGGUUGGAUAUCCCGGAGAACAUUUUCCACCCAAUUUUCGUGGAGAGAAACUUGUGAUUUUAAGAAUGGCUCUUAGUCGCAUCAAGAUAUUGGAGACAGUUGAGCGUUUCCAAAACUUGACAACUAUGACUUUCUUUGAGUGUAGAUUCCUUGAAAAAAUUCCUGAUGUUUCAAGGAUCCCAAAUUUAGAGUCGUUGGUACUGUUUUUUUGCGAAAAUUUAGUUGAGGUUCAUCAUUCUGUUGGAUCACUUAAUAAGCUCGUUAAGUUGAGCAUUAUACUUUGCUCUAAUCUUAGAAGUUUUCCGAAGAGGUUCAAGUUUGGAUCUCUAAAAUAUCUCAAAAUUUUUGGUUGUUCAAUGCUUAUGAACUUUCCUGAAAUUGAGUGUGGAAUGGAAUGUUUAGAAGAAAUCCGCUGUAAAUAUACUGGAAUAGAAGAACUGCUUUCAUUCGUUGGCAACCUUGUUGGACUUAAAAAUUUAAGUAUAGGCAAUUCCCGUAAUAUUUUAGAUAUUUGUCAAGUCCCUUCAUCCUGUCCAUCCUCGAAUGGGAUAAAUGAAUCAAUUCUAAACUAUUGCACAAAUCUUACGAAUUUUUCAGAAUCAAAUUUCUUAAGGGCACUUGGUUGUCGGUCAACGUUGAAACAUUUAAAUCUAUCAUUUAGUGGUAUUGUUACCCUUCCUCGAUGUAUCGAAAGUUUUGUUACAUUGGCGUCCCUUUUUUUGGAUGGAUGCAAGCAACUUCGAGAAAUUCUAGGACUUCCACCGAAUGUACAAGUGGUGAGAGCUAAAUGGUGUGUGUCAUUGGAAAUAUUUUUAGAAGGAAGCAGAAGUUCUCAAUUGUUUAAUACGGAGGACCCACCCGAGCCUGUGGGGGUUGGAAUAGAAAUUCCAGCACAACAGUCAUUAAGUGAGCUAGAUUUAUCAGGAUGUAGCGCUAUUGUUAGCCUUCCUAGAUUCUUCAACAGAUUUGUUCAAUUGAGAAGCCUUAACUUGGAAGGUUGCAAGCAACUUCGAGAAGUUCCAGAGCUUCCACGAAAUAUAGUAGAUGUAGAUUUGGGUGGAUGCACGUCAUUGGAAAUACUUCCAUUUAAUAAUAUAUACGACUUACCAAAGCUAUGGUGGAUUGACUUCUCCCAUUGCCCUGAACAAAUAGGGAAUGCUGUACAAAAUCAUUUAUUCAGUGAGGGACAACCUAAGCUUUCUCUAAUUAGGUGUAUAUAUCCGGGAAAUAGGAUUCCAGAUUGCUUUAGCUAUUGUAAAGAGGUUUCAAAUACUCAUUUGUGUGAAAUAGAUACCGGGCCUCUACAUUUUGAUUCAGAGAAUGUAACCUUUGCUUUCUUUGCUGUUAUUGGAACGAGGGAUGAUGGAAAGGAUGAAUCUAUUUUUUCUAUUGAUGUUAAAGUCUUCAAUAAUGGUCAGGAAAUCCAUUCUAAUUUCCCUACGACGACAAAUAAGAUCCCCAGGCCAGAUCAUGUAAUGUUAAGUUACAGAUCACCCCAUUACAAAAAAAAUAAAAAAAAUAAAUACAGAUCAUACCAUUCUCAGCUAAUGACGAAUAAUCUUCGAGUUAAAUUUGAAAUCAAGCCUCCUCCACGGUCAGUAUUCUUUAAAAGUUGUGCAUUCCAUAUAAUAGAACAAGGGCAUGAUGAUGAUGAAAGCGACAGGAAUCCAACAGAACAGAGAUAGGAUGAUGAUGAUGAUGAACAAGACAGUUUACAUUUCUGUUCUAAGAGACACCGUAAUGAUGAUGAUGAAGAAGAUGGUAAUGGCACCCACAACAAUAGAGGCAUUCUUCGCUCCAGAAAAUUGUAUAGCUGCUGAGAUCUGAGAAUGAAAUUAAAUGCUUCUCAACACCCUUGUGGUGGACUCUACCAACAUGGCAAACGCAUCCUUCAUUGUGUCAAGCCCAUAAUUACAGGCACCAGCUUGUGUACUUUGACUUUUGCUGAGGAAUUUCAAAUGCCUCUUGGUGAAUCGCAAUUACAUCAAUCAAAUCACCCCUAGAACUUGGGUUAUAAUAAUGAAUUGCGUAAUGUGGCAAGCUGUUCACAUGCUGCAAAUUUCAUACUCAACAGGUGAAAAGGAAGAGUUGGGGUUCUGAAUCUGCAAAGUUCUAUAGUGAAUAUGAUAUUCAUAAGAGUAUUAAAUAUGAUGUUUGGUCCAAAUACCCCAAACGGAAAUAAGAAGCUAGAUGCAGCAUUCUGUGAUGCUGAACCAAAAAGCAAUUGAGAAAAGUAGCAAGUAUCCAAUCUUCCUCUUCUUCUCGGUUUUCUGAUGGAGACAAGAAGAAUUGAGCAGAUCAUAUGAAAGAAUGCAGAGGUACAAAAGAGUUUCAACACUAAGGGCUUUCAAAAGUGCAUAUUACAAAGCUAUCCAAACCAAAGUUGUUGUGCUCCAUUUUCUUAUGGCUUGUGAAACUAAUCCGGCCUCGUAAAAGAUGAUUUGAAAUACAGCUUCCUAAUGCACAUACUCCCUUGUCUCUGUCCAGUUUUGAAUAUUAUUCCCAAUAGCCUUCUGUUUUUGGAUUGAUAUUUUCCUCUUUGUGUUUACAAUUUGUUAAAUGGACUGCUUUGCUGGGUAUUCGACUGCAGAGGAAUUUCAAUAGCAGAAGUGAGAAAAAACCAAGAAAGCGCCAUUAUCUCGUUGUAUUUGUGUGUAUUGCAUUACUGCUCUGCUAAAGAGCUGACUAGAUGAAUAUGAUAAUAUGUUCAUGCUUUUGUCUUAAUGUCUUGUCUAAAGUUAUAUAACUGUUACACCUAUCCUUUUCUAACUCUCUAAUUAUUUCAGGUUAAUGGAAUUGGACAGUUUUUGGGGAGUUGCUUAGAUGAUUGGGCGGCUGGACUUUGCUAAAGACAAGGACUUUUGGCAACUUGACAUGUGGAAUGGUUUCUUCCCAGCAAAGUGGCUUCUUCAUAGGCAUCAAUGGAAAAUAAGUCUACCUAUCCAAGUCAGGGUUUGCAAUUUUCCCAAUGGACUACUUCGCAAAGUGUUGCAAGUCCUCUCCUUAAGGCUGCAUUGCAUUUACAAGCUGACACAGUGCCAUGCCAGCCCUAUAGUCAUGUCAACACCCUAGCUAGUUUGACUUUUCUACGUUGAAUAUUAUUGACUGUGACCUCUACCAGACUUGACUUUGACCAUUUACUUUGACUGCUGUCAUGGUUGACUCCGUGUUUCUUACUCAAUUUUUCGUCAUGAUUUCAUAUUUGUGGUCCGUGUAUGCUUUUGGCAUUUCUGUAUGGCACAAAACAAGAUUCUUCACCAAGUUAAGCCGUUUGUUUUGUCCAGUUCAAGUCCUUUAUGCAUUGUUCAGUUCAGUUCA